GCUGGAAAUCAAAUGGCUGGAUUUGGCAUGGGAGUAGGAGCUUUUCCCAUGAUGGGAGUUCAAGGCAUGGGUGUUCCUAUGGGUAUGGUGAACCAAGCCGCCUUUGCGCAGCAGAAUGUCAUGGGCAUGGGUGUGAUGGGUGCAGUUCCAUCAUCGGCAUCUGUUCGAGCUCCAGCAGCGCAGGCCCCGAAUCCCGCAGUAGCCGGCAAGAAUCAGCGCACCUUUGUUGGCGUCGUUACCAAAAUGCAUGACAAUUAUGGUUUCGUCGAUGAUGAUGUGUUCUUCCAGCAUUCGUCAGUUUAUUGA